UGCCGGUGAUCAUUCUGUCCCUAGCAACCAGUCUAGUAGCACGAGCUCGAGCCUGUGCAGAAGAAACCGUCCGCUUGCUUUGUUUGCUUCCGGUUUGUUGCAACAAGUUGCAUGUUAGGUGCAUCGAUUAGCAUCAGCUUACACUACUGAUCAGUUUACUUUGAUCGGAAAGUAAUACGAGACUUAAGUGACACCGUCAAAUUCAAAUCACAACAAACGGUACGACCCUAACUGUGCGUUUAGUGCCGUAAAGAAGCGUGCGAAAUCGUGUGCCAGUGCAGACUAAAGACCUCCAGCCGUGUGACAGACCGUGUGGUGUGAACUCUUCCAACCCGCUUAGAACGGAACAACCCAAACCGCCAACCAUGAACACCCGUCAGCUGUUCGCGAUAGGGCUGAUCGUCCUGCUGGCCGUCGCAAGCGUGUGCGAUGCGCGGCGCCGCUUCCCGAACCGGCGGCGAGGCCCGUCGCGCAAAACGCUCAAGCAGCUGUACUACGAGUCGCGGGAAACGAACACGCCCAACUUCGUCCGGCUGGUGCUGAUGCGGCUGAUCUACGGCAUCGCGACCCAGAUGGGCGUGGAGGAGCGGCUGGACAACGUGUUCGGCGGUGCGUUCGUGCCGCCGAACGCCGGCGACGACAGUUCCGACUUUUUCGACGUGCUGAGCGACGAAAGCGGCGAAGACUUUAGCUUCGGCCUGUGAGGUAAAGAACAUACGGCAAAAAAAAAAAACAAACAAAAACGCAACAGUCUAGUGAGCGGGCUACUGACCAUCUCACCAAAACGGAUGCCAGCCCAAAGAAAGUGGGGAAAAAAACCAACGGAACGAUCAAAACCGUACCCGUCAACCCGAUUGCUGAGCUCAAGGAUGGCAUCAACAGAAAAAAAAAACAGAGAGGAGAAAAAAAACUGCAACCCACAUCACAAACGGUAGCAGCACAAAACACACACGCGAGCUACAAUACAAUAAAUUCAAUUCCGUGUGUGCGGAAGUGCACUGCCUUUGCCGCGGGGGGUUUAGCACACACCCUCCCCCCCCCCCCCCCCUCUAAGCCACAUUCUAAAUCGCAAAACUCCCAACCGGGACAACGUUUCCGCGGGAUUGCCUGCGGACUGUUCCGUACCGUUUGU